UGUGGUUGUGGUGCUGUGGUGCUGUGGUUAUGCGGUAACUCGUGCGGUACAACUCCCUAUCGUCAGGGAGACAUUGACACAUAUGCACAGAUAAGAGUGCAACAACUAUGCACGUCGCUUACGGUUAGUGAAGUGCAGUUCUAGAUUGCGGGAACGAGUGGGUUUUGUGACGUGGGAGUGUGUGUCUAACUGGAAUUGGAACAGCUGAGAGAAAAUAUUCUAAGCCAAUUGGGAGUUGACCGAAGCCAAUAAGAUGGUAGCAAAAUGUGACGAUAAGUCGGGUGGGCUGAAGAGUCGAGGGAAGGGUAUGGACGACAACGAUGUCGCCGUCAUCUCAGUGGGCGGAGGAUACGCCAACGAGGCGUUCAAAGACGACGGCGACGCUGGACAGAACUUCAGCAAGCCUCCGCCACAAGCGAUGCCCACAGACGACCUACCCAAGGGCAAGGUCAAACUGUCCAGGGCGGAGAAGUGGAGGAUCCUGAAGAACGUGGCUGCUGUCAGUUUAUCAUUUAUGGUACAGUUCACGGCGUUCCAAGGCACGGCGAACCUCCAGAGCAGCAUCAACGCCAAGGAGGGUCUAGGGACAGUCUCUCUGUCGGCGAUCUACGCGGCUCUCGUAGUCUCGUGCAUCUUUGUGCCUACAUUCCUCAUCAAGAGACUCACAGUCAAGUGGACGCUUUGUCUUUCCCUGUUGUGUUACGCUCCCUACAUCGCCUCUCAGUUCUACCCUAGGUUCUACACCCUCGUACCCGCGGGUGUCCUGCUGGGUCUGGGUGCUGCACCCAUGUGGGCGGCUAAAGCCACCUACCUCACCCAAGUAGCCGGUGUCUACGCUAAACUCACCGACCAGACCGUGGACGGCAUCGUCGUCAGAUUCUUCGGAUUCUUCUUCCUCGCUUGGCAAACCGCUGAGCUCUGGGGCAACCUCAUCUCCUCUCUCGUUUUUUCAUCCGGCGCCCACGGAGGAGCUUCACAUGGCAACGCCACCAUCCACACCGAGGCCUCCCUCAGGCAUUGCGGCGCAAACUUCUGCACCAAUCUCGGAGGCAACGCUAACAUUCAGAGACCUCCAGACUCCGAGAUCUUCACCAUCAGCUCCAUCUACCUGGCGUGCAUCUUCGUCGCCAGCGCCAUGGUCGCCCUCUUUGUCGACCCGCUCUCCAGGUAUGGAGAGAAACAGCGACGAAGUGACAGCCAGGAGCUGAGUGGAAUCCAGCUUCUAUCAGCAACUGCUUACCAGCUGAAGAAACCAUAUCAACAACUGCUGAUCCCCAUCACUGUAUGGAUCGGCAUGGAGCAAGCUUUCAUUGGUGCUGAUUUCACACAGGCGUACGUCUCCUGCGCCUACGGGGUGCACAACAUCGGCUAUGUGAUGAUCUGUUUCGGAGUGGUCAACGCUAUCUGCUCCGUAGUGUUCGGGUCCAUCAUGAAGUUCAUCGGUCGCAGCCCCCUGAUGAUCCUGGGAGCGCUGGUCCACGCCGGACUGGUCAUCAUCCUUCUACACUGGAGGCCACACCCGGAGUCUCCGCUCGUCUUCUUCACCAUCAGCGGUCUCUGGGGAGUGGGAGACGCCGUGUGGCAGACCCAAGUUAACGGACUGUAUGGGACGCUGUUCAGGCGCAACAAGGAGGCCGCCUUCAGUAACUACAGACUCUGGGAGUCCGCAGGAUUCGUCGUGGCAUACGCCUACUCCAACCACCUGUGUGCCAGGAUGAAGCUGUAUGUCAUGUUCGUCGUGCUAUGCUGCGGCAUGGUCGGCUACCUCAUCGUCGAGCUCCUGCACAAGAAGAAGAAGCAGCGACAGAAGAAGUUGGCUGAGGACCCGAAGGCGGCUGAGGUCGCAGCGCAGGAGGCGAAGGCAAACAACGUCGUGGAGGAAACGGACGACGAGAAAGACGACAUCGACGACGAAAUCAUCAUCACACAUCUAUAGACACGCGUCUGCCCAUAGCGGCUUGUACAUAUAACAAGAGUAUUUGUAACGAAUUAUACAAUAGCCUUCGGGUUGUGUAAAUAAACAAAUGGUAAAUACUCGACCGUGUGAAAGCGGCAGCGCCAAGAACGCAAUCAAAAAGCAACAGCGAUUGUAAGAUUUUUCAAUCUUAUUUUAACUAAAUGCGGUUUUUGAAAUAUUUGAAAUUAAAGUAUUUGCAGUGCUGUGAUCGACUAAUGCGAAUAUUUAUUAUUUAUUGACAAAUUUGUUUGUAGAUUUUAUUGUUUGACCUUCACACUUUCCGACUUAAUGUUUGUACGUUUAAAUUCAUUGAUUUUUACAUACGUAAUUGAAUAACAUGCUAGACAUGUACAACAGGAGCGAACAAUUUUUUUAAAAGCAACUAUAAUAACUAUACAUAAUAAUGCAAUCCAAACUUAUUCAUUUCCAUUGUGACCUGUACAUAGUAUUCUUUCACAGAGUGCCACUUCGUAUGUGUAAUUAAUUAAACAGUAUUAUUAUUGUUUAUGGAUCUGAACCAACCGUGAAUGUAAUAUGUUGUUUUACUUAUUUCAAAAUGGUUUCGAAUCUCACGGUAGUUACAAGCUUUAGGUAUAGAUGGUCUAUUGCAGUUGCAGUGCUUGAAGUAAUUAACUAAUUGCCAGUGAUAACAUUUGUGUCCUAUUUAUCAUUGUUGAAUAUAUAAAGAAACAACCCUCACUAAGAUAUACAUUCCUCCAAAGUGCUGUAACGGCAACUUGGUUAGAUAUGCAAUCCUGUCCCAGUACUUAUGUCACAUUCGCCAUCUUGAAAUUAUCUUAGUUAAUUUAAAUCACAGAACAAUAAUGUACAGCAUUCAUCGUUAGGUUAUAUUUUAGAGGUAGAGUUUAGUGUUCGUUGUUAUUGUCGCCUUAUUUUUAUUCCCAGAUAAAUACAACUAUAGAGAGUGUACAGUAGUUCCGCGCUAAGUUAUUUGUACAUAAGUUAAGUUAGUGCUCAAGAUAGGAACUGCCCUACCAAAGUUCCCGACUUUACUCAACAAUCUCUGUGAUUUAUAUUAUUGUUGUUGUUGAUAACGAUAGAAGGACAAGAGCAGAUCGGUGCCUUGCGUUGUUGGAGAUUGUAAAGUCGUUACUUCAGUAAACUUUUAAUUGUUCUUAAUAAAUCUCAAUUUUAAUUA